CGCGAGUCUGUGUCUGUGCCUUUGGUAUACUUACUAUACUCUUUAGUCUGUGGACUCUGUGACUCUGUGUGUGUCACUUAAUGUGUGUGUUUGCGACUGUUUCUGAUUUCGCAAUCGAGUUGAAGAGAAUUAAUAUAAUAACUACAUAAUUUGGAAACUAACCAGUCUUAUGAGAUUUUAUACACUUUAAACAAGAGUUAAAAUGUUGAGGUUUCGCCCAAAACUGGGAAGUGAACGAAGCAGCGAAUGGAGAUGCUGCUUUUGUCUCCAUGUGCGAACUGGUACUAUUCUGCUUGGAACAUGGCAUUUGAUGUUACAUCUGAUCGCACUUGGAUUUUUGGCGGCCGUGGUGCGUGAUCCUCGUCUUCUAGAUGAGCUUGAACGUGAUUCGGCUACUGUAGCCGACUGGAGCGAUGCUGGACACCGCUAUGAGAUGCCAACUCCACUGUCGAACGUGGAGCCUCGGCCCAGUAACUUACAACAUACCACACCACCAAGAGAUCAUAACCUUAUUUACCAUGAUGUCGAUGUGGGUGCACUGGUUACAGUGUGCACCCUGGCGAUCACACUGAUGCUGAUUUAUGGAGCGGCGCGCGGCAAGCCAGCUCAUCUCCUGCCCUUCUUCUGUCUACAAAUAUUCGACUUUGCAAUUACUGUCGUGACGGCCACCGGGUACCUUUGCUACUUACGCUCCAUCCACCGCUUGGUGGCAGAGACGCGGCGUGUGCCGUGGCGGGCGCAGCUGCUGCAGCUGCCGGCGCCGGCGCUUGCGCUCGUCGUAGUAUCCGCGUUCCUUGCCGCCGUGUUGCUCAAGGCGUAUUGCAUCAACAUUGUGUGGCGUUGCUACAAGUACCUAACGAUGCGUACACACGCCCUCCAAAGCCUAACGCCGUUCGUGAUCUCGAGCGAGGGCGUGGUGUCGGCCGGCACGGCGCCGCCGCCUUACGCCGCACCGCCGGCUCCGGCGCCGGACUAUUCCAGCCUGCUGCCGGACUACGAGGAGGCCGUCAAGCAGACCCCGCCGCCUUCCUACCGCGCCGCCACGCUGAUGACCCCGGGAGACCCGCCUGCUGCCGCGCCGGACUACGAAGAGGCCGUCAAGCAGACCCCGCCAUCUUCUUACCGCGCCGCCAAGCUGAUGACCCCGGGAGAACCGCCUGCUGCCGUGGUAAGUUUACGUGACGUCAUCCUGCACGGCGCCGCCACCGUACGACGCGCCGCCGGCCCCGGCGCCGGACUUCUCCAGCCUGCUGCCGGACUACGAGGUGGCCGACAAGCAGACCCCGCUGCCUUCCUACCGCGCCGCCACGCUGAUGACCCCGGGAGAACCGCCUGCUGCCGUGAUUGUCAGAUAUCGUGGUGA